UCAAUGGCCCAACCAGUCGCUCGAUCCGCCUUUCCGUCCACCACCCGCGCCCCCGCCACCACCGCCACUCCUUCAGCCACCCUCUCCCACUCGCACUCGCACACGACUACGCCUGCGUCUGCCGCAUCGAGCAACAACACCUUCCUCAUGUCUGCAAGCCCGGUGCGAAACCGGCGGUCGGCCGCUGACGGCUACAAGCCCAAGAUGAUCUCAACCAUUGGUGCCAAGCCUGCCUGUCUCGUCAAUGCGUCCGUCACGUACGUUGGCGACGAUCAAAUAUACGCUUUUGGUGGUUUCGACCAAUAUACAGAUGAAGUAUACAACCAUGUCCUCCGGCUCAACCUAGUGACCCGGCAAUGGAACCUGGUCGACAACUAUGGCGAUAUCCCAGGUGUACGCAUGGGGCAUACCGCGUGUCUCUGGCAGGGCAAUAAACUUCUCGUAUUCGGCGGUGAGAACGAACAUCGCCAGCAUUUGGCCGACGUCAUUGUUUUCGAUCUCAAAACCGCACAUUGGACGCAACCGGAACUACACGGACCAAUACCACGUGGCCGAGCUCGACAUUCUGCAGUAAUCUAUGACGACAAGCUUUACAUUAGCGGUGGCCAGACUGGACAUGAUAGUGUGCUGGACGACAUCUGCUACCUCGAUCUCAAGACAUGGACCUGGUCGCGAACGUGGAGAUUUGUGCCUCGCUACGAUCAUGCCAGCUGGAUCUGGAACGGUCGCAUCUGGAUUUUUGGUGGUAUUAAUGAUGAGAUGGAGAAAAAUAAUGAGAUUUGGUGGCUUGAUCUCCGCGGCAGUCCGGAAUUCGAGCAUGCCAUGAAGUACGGCACUGUCGAUCGACAACUCGUCUCAUCUCGCCAUCGCUACCCUGUGCCAGCUUCAGGCCAACUCGCGACUGGCAGCACAGGCUAUACCGCCAACUCGAGCGUUCAGUCUUAUCAUGGCAUGAGUUCUAGCCGUGCACCCUACGUUGCACCUGGAUCCAUUUCUUCGCUCAAGUUCCACUCUAGCCCAAACCUCCCGUCACAAGCGGCCGGCACGCACUUUCACCUCUUCUCGUCGGGGUGCAUGCUGGACUUCGUUACGCCUGCAGAACUGAGCUGUGAGACAAGCCUAUCCAGCCUGGAGCUAGACACAUUGCGAUGGCAAAAGCUAGCAGAAGGGAAGGAUCUGUACAGCCCCAACUACCGCUGGCACUAUUGCACGAUGAACCCCGAAGGUACGCACGCCUGGUUGCUGGGUAGUCCGAUUGAAUCCGCAAACGAUGGAAACCACAACGGCGAAUAUUUGAGCGACGUCCUUGCCAUCGACCUUCGCAAAUACGGCAUAUUAGGCAACGAAUUGGCCUCAGAUACCCGGUCCAAGAUGAUGCCUUCUUCUGAUGCCAACGUCUCGUCCCACCUCAGCGGUAUUGGCGCGGACCUAUCUCUGACGUUCGACCAGCCCCCUGAGAGCGGCAGUGGUGCAGACUUCAUCAUCACGGCAGACCCUGACGACGAUGACUAUAGCGACGUUCCCGACGCCAACGGCUCAUCCACUGCUGUGGCGCCGGCUUCACGCCCAAUCCAUGUUCACAAGCUCAUUCUGCAUGCUCGCUGGCCGCAUUUUGCUCGCCUAUGGAGCGCACAAAUGGCCGAGUUCCACUCUAAGAAGAUGCACAUUCCUGAGCCGUAUUCUGCUGUACGCGCCUUCUUGUUUUAUCUCUACACAGACAGCAUUGCGCCAAACCCACAAAACGGACCUACGCUCAACGACGUUGCGGGCAUGCUUGUCAUGUCCAACAUUUAUGACAUGCCACGUCUGCGCCUACUUUGCGUCAAUCGUCUUGGUCGAGAGCUAGACAUUGAGCAUGCUGCCAUAAUAUGGGAGCGCGCUGCCACAGCUGGUGAGGAUUGGCUCAAGCAACGUGCGGCUGCUUUCUGUAUGCAGAAUUUUGGCCGAGUCGUCCGCACCGCAGGCUACCGCAACCUCAGUCCUGCAAGUCUUAUUGAACUAAGUUGUGAAGCUACACCCGAAUCGCGCGUCAUUGGCGGGGAAGAUCUGGAUCUGCUGACCCAGAUUUCUGGUCGCUCAUUCAACAGUAAUCGCAAACGCAGCCUAGGCAGUGCGGGCGUGUUGACUGCUGGUGAGGAUGAUGAUAUUGAGGAGGGGGAAGACGAAGGUAUGGACGUCAACUGAGAUUGCGACGAGGCGAAAGACCCGGUGACUUUUCAUGGUUGACGUUCUACUUAUUUCCUUUGCUUUUCCUCUUUGUCCUUUUCCUUUUCUUGAGCAUCAUUGCGCGGCGCUGGUUCUUCAAAAGGGGCAAUAUGGGAAAAUGGCGUUCUGCCAUUGUCUGAUAUAUGCAUUGCACAGAGGGGCUCCCAAGGACUCUUUUGAGAAUGGGUGUUUCUCUUUAAUAUCUGGUUUUGGAUCCUUUUUUUAGCGGUUUACGUACGAUAACAUGAUUGCAUAAAUAUUACACCGUUAUUCCAG